UUUUGCUAAAAUUGUCACUCAUCUUCUCUAAUUACCCCCUCCCACACUAAACUUUUCUUUUUCCCGUCAGCUACUCCCCACCCCCUUCGAAAAACCCUUCCACCCUUCAAAACCCUUGACCAAAAAUGUCCUCCAAAUCCAAAAAAUCAACCCCACCAAAACCAACCCACCACCCCUACUUCAAGCCCGGCGCAAUGGUGGAAGCCUCGUCGGACGACGACGGCUUCCGCGGCUCCUGGUACAUCGGCAAGAUAAUCCGGCGAGCAACAACGAAAGACCCUAACAAAUUCUUGGUAGAGUACGAGACACUCUUUAGCGACGACGGAGGAAAGAAUCCUCUGAAGGAAAUUUACGAUGUUGCUCAGCUACGGCCGUUAGCUCCAAGAGAGAACCACCGGAAAUUUAGAUUUGGCGAGAAAGUUGACGCUUAUCACAGUGACGGGUGGUGGGAGGGUUCUAUAACGGAGGAGCGUGAGGAUGGGAGGUUUGCUGUUUAUUUUAAAGGCUCCAAGGAGCAGAUUGUGUUUGGUUCUGAGGUUUUGAGGUUGCAUAGAGAGUGGGUUGAUGGGGAAUGGAAACCGCCGUUGGAGGUUGAAGACGGGUCCCGGGAUCGGGUUUUGAAAGAGAAGGAGACUGUGAAAUUGAAGGAGGUGAUCAAAGAGAAGACUAAAAAAGUGCGUGCUGUGAGUGCCUCAGUUCGACGACAACAGAUGCAGGCUCGUGCUAUUGAGAGAGCUAGUGGGACGCCAGGGGGUGAUCAUAUUCAGGAUGAUCAGAUACAGGAUGAUCAGAUAGAGGAUGCUGAUUUUCAGAGUUCUGAGGACGAGAGUUUAGGACCAUACGUCAUUAGUCGACAGAGAAAGGGAAAAGAUGGACGGUUUGUUGCUGAAUCGUCAUCAGUGACGAGUAAACGAGGUAGGACAGAUGAGGAUGUUUGGGCUGUUAGUGGUCCAGUGCCAGGUGGACCCGAGGAUGGCAGUGUCAUUCCCAGUUUUCUCGGACAUGUCGCUUUUGGGAUAUGGACAGGGAAGGAGGAGAGAGGCACCCUGAAGUGCCAGAGUAGACAUGCAGCUUGUAAGAGGCUGACAACAUGGUAUCGUGGGGCCUCGGACGAGGUCAGAGGGCUGAUAGCCGGGACUGGUUUGGGGCAUCUUCCGGAGACUAUGUUUGAUCACUUGGAUAUUCCGCUCCUUUCUGCAUUUGUGGAGCGAUGGCAGCCUGAUACUAGCUCAUUUCACCUGCCAUUUGGGGAGAUGACCAUUACAUUGCAUGACGUGUGGUUUAUUCUCGGUAUUCCAGUUGACGGAAAAAUGAUUUCAGAUGAGCCGGGGAAACAGUUACUGCUGGCCUCAUGUGUAGAGAUUUUAGGGAUCACUAUGGAUGAUCUGUUAGCUGACUCGACGAAGCAUUUUGCGAAUGGAGGGGUUUUAAUUGAGUCAAUUUUUAAGAUCUGUGGACAGGGUCUGAGUGCUGAGGUUGAGGCGAUAGCAUGGAUCUGGCUGACGUUAGGUUGCACUCUAUUUGUCGAUAAGAGUGGCCACCGGAUUAGACCAGCCUGCCUUUGGGAGAUGCGGGAUGGAGCCACAGACGCGACUACUUACUCCUGGGCCUCUGCUACACUUGCAUAUCUAUAUCGUCAGUUAGGAAUCGCCUCUAGAGGAGACUGUCACGGUUUGUCUGGGUGCCUAACACUACUCCAAGCUUGGAUAUAUGAGUACUUUCCAUGCUUCCGACCCCAGCGAGAGAGGCUGAUUAUCGACCCUAACACUCCUCGAGCUUGCAGUUGGAGUGUAUCUGUGACAGAGUGUACAAAGAGUCGGCUUCAGUCAUUGCGUGCCCGCAUAGACCAGUUGACUCCCGACGAGGUGGCGUGGCUCCCUUUUGGUGCCGACCCUGCUGUCACCGUUCGGCGGACUGCUUACAUGGGUUUGCUAGUGUAUAGGGACAUCAUUGAGCCGUACAUGUCCGGGAGAGUUGUACGUCAGUUGGGUUAUAUGCAGACCAUACCGUCGCCUAUUUUUCGGCCCGAAAAGGCCGUCAGGUCGUGGAAUUCACUUAGGUACGCUGUGGAGAUGGCUAAGAAUGUUGGGAUCGACGGCUGGGAUGGUUUUCCUAUGACUUGCCUGCUUCCUUUGACGUUCCUCGAUCCAGCUACUGUUUUUGCUGGAGCAUGCCAUCCUGCGUACAUGGAGUGGUACAUACGAUUUUCGCACCCGCAGCUCCUUAACAUUGACGUAGCAGCUCCACGAGGCCGUCCUUCUCGCUCCAAUACUGAUUAUUGGGUUAAUCGUUUCAGUAGCGUGAGCCAGGGAAUUCUCAGCCGUCUCAGUGCGAUGAGUGCACAGUAUGGCAUUCCGGAGAUGGAGCAGACCAUAUCUAAGUCGACUACUGACUUAGAGCGAGUCAUGGAAGAUUGGCGGCUAGCUGAUUGAGAUUGUAGUAUUUUAGUACUCUAUUAUGUUAUGUUUUUUAUUAUAUUUUUUGUACUUCGUACUCUAUUAUGUCAUGUUUUUUGUACUA